AUCAAACACAUACAUUAGUAAUCAAAUGAUCUACUAAGAAAUGGAUAUUGUGGAUGUCGAAAUCGACGAUCGAGGCGAUGCGCUCGAACAUUUCGACGAAGAACGUAUCGGUAAACUGAAUCAAAAGCAGUCGAAUAGGCAUAGUAAUACACACGAAUCGGAUGAACGUGUUAUCAAUGAUGAAUCACGGUCCAUUGAUUAUCACGACGAUGGCCAAGAAAAUAGUUUUGGACACAUAAGUGCUGAUGAUCAUAAUGUUAGCAUUCAUAAGGACGGACGUGAUACACAUAAGGGAACUUAUGAAAGUAAACGGUCGAUGAAACGUGAUAGAUCACGUUCCGUGGAAUAUAAUGAUCAUAGGCAUGGUAGUAGACGCGAUGGGAAUAAUUACCAAAAAUACCGACGGAAAAACUAUCCUAUGGACAAUAGAAGUAAGGGUAUGCAUGGUAGACCGAAUCGUUGGAACCCCGAGACCGCACGCGCAAAGCGCUGGGAUGUCAAGAUCAUUACAAUUUUGGACACCUUUGACACAGCAAAAGAAGAUAUAUUGUCUCUUAAAGAUGCAUUUAUGGAAAUUGGAGAUACCAGUAAACCAGCAAUAGGCACAUUCGAACAAGCUGUCGAAGCAUUCCCGGUAAAAACAGCGGCUUAUGCAAGUGUUUUAGGACUUCUAAGGGCAAAUAAAAUGGCCAAUCUUUCUGAGCAAAUAAUGCAACGUGUACUCCAUAAUUUUGGAUCUUACCUACAAGCCGGAAACAGAAUCGCUGCAAUACACGCAUUGAGGUUCCUCAUUGGUUCACAUUGCUCAGGUAUCACCUCGUGUGAGGUCUAUAAGGUAAUUCUAACUAUGCUAAGACUUGCAAAGGAAUUACAAAAUGGAGUGUAUAGUAAACAAAAGGAUUUUGUUGAUGCCAUUGUUGCCGCAGACAACCUAAUGUACAUAGUUAUGGCUAGUCUACCAUGGUUUAGUCGUGACGAAUACAAGAGACAAGUGGAACCAAUAAAUGCCAUAUGCAACGAAAUUUUUGCAUAUAAUGACAAAAGGAACGAAAAAUUGCAAAAUGUAAUCAGGGAUCUAGAAUCACAGUCAGACCCAGUGAAUCCGGAUGAGGUACAUAACCCCUAUGCAUACAUCGCAUCAUACAGAGUUUACCUGAAUGAAGUGCCACUUUCAGAUAGGUUCACAGCAGGUGUAGCUUGCUUGCAGUCAUUAAUACAAGAUGAUUGGACAAAUGUCACCACGUACAGAUUCUACCAGAGCAAAGGGAUAGUGGAACAUAUCACGCAACCGGUGGAAGACGUAACCGUAAAUGAAGAUAUUACUAAUAUAACACACGAAAUCUUAGAAGCGGUUCUAAACACGGAUCCCAAAAAACUAGUUGAUUUCAAGCCUGUACCGUGCUUUCCCCUGAGCUUCACAACCGAACAGAGUACUGCGAAUCAAGUCGCUCAACAUGAUAAAUGGAUAUUCGAAGAACACGUAGUGCACACAGUAUAUGCAUUCAUGGAUGAUGCGACAAUGUGUGCCAAGCAACUGCUUAAUAUACCCUUUAAUGACGAAUAUGCUGAACAUGCCAUUGUAGGGACCCUGGUAAAUAUGAUGCUGUCACCUUUUUACAAGAACCAUUACACAAUGUUCGGUGUCCUUGUUAUACAGCACAUGUGCAACGUACAUCCGAAAAUUGAAACAAUAUUUCACAGCGUAUAUUCUCAAAUCGCAGAUAACAUUGGAGUAUUUGAUCCUGCGGUCGUUGAAAGUAUUAUAACCAUUGGCGCCUACUGGUUCAGCGUAGAGUUCUGCAAGGUGAGGAAGGAAUCCCCGAAAGUGCAGCAAGAAGACGUGGAAAUGGACGAUAACAUUCAUGUCGACCAACCGUCAAGCGAAGAAGAAACCAAAGAAAAGAUUAGACUUAAAAAUCAACUGCUUUUCAGCAUAAUGUUCAAAAAUGUUGAUCCGUCCCCUUUUAAUUUCAAUCAGAGGCUUCUGGACAGUAUAUCAAGGCUUGUAUACAUGGAUAGACUGCUUGCAUUCUCACCAGCGGGACUCAAAGACAGUAUAACUGCCGUUGUGCAGCCUGCAAUGGUCAACCUGCAACAAGCACUGCGUAACAAGACAGUGGAACACAGGAUGUUCAUUAAUCUAUUGCAUUUUAAUAAACUCACGACGGAGGAGAAUGAACUGAGAAAUCGACGCAUAAUCGGAUUUAUCGGAAACCUUGUAGGAAAGGAGCCAUUAAAAGAGCUGCCAACCAACCUUUUUGCCGAGGAUAAAAUGCCCGAUGUAGAGAUGGUUGAUGACAAAGAUGGACAACCCACUGUAAAAACAUGGAGCAGAGAUGAACUCAUACUCAUAUUCUGGGAAUCAGUGCUGUUAUUCGGAAAUAAGUCCCUGACACAUUUAUUGCGUCUUAUAGAAUUCCACGGAGAGGUAUUGAAGAACUUUAUAUCCGAGGAACAGAACGGAGCUUUCGAGGACUCGAUAUCCUUUAAAAUAAUGGUACUUACCCGUGAAACCCUAAAAACCGAUACCAAGAAAUUUGAAUUGGUGAUAGACAAUCUUAUACGGGAAGGUAUAUUACCACCCGCGGAUGUAUGUCGAUAUGUAUUCAGGGGAUACCCUAGCACUGAAUUCUUCUCUAACCACGCAUUCUGUCUGAUGCAAAAUGCAUUCGCAUUUGUCAGGGGAAACAUAGAGUCCGUAAAGGCACGCAUGGCCAAUGAAGCUAUACACAAUGAAACGUUGCAGACUACUUUACAAAGUCGCAGGCAUAUCAUGUGCAAUCUAACCAAACUUGUUAUGGAACUCACCAAUAACAUUUUAAUGCAGGGAGUGGAUCGUCAACAAGAAUGUGUCCUCAGUAGCAUAGUUAGAAGGCUGCUUUUGACGAGAGAAUGCGAUGCAGAAAUGCUUCUAGCCGUAUAUAAAGAAGCCUUGGAAAGAAACUUCCAUAAUGCCACUAUAGCAGCCAUCAAGCUAACGAUGAACACAUACUAUGUACGAAUGGCAGCACAAUGACAACUUAAUAUAGUAUUUACGAUU